ACAGAUGGGACAGCAGGCCACCGCAGAGGCACCACACAAUUGGACUCUGAGCACGAGGCUUCGUGUAGACUUCCUGACCAAUAAUACGGUUCUACUGUACAGAAACAUUUGUCUUUGGCUCAUUUUCACUCAAGAAGACAAACCUGGAAUAAAUACACCUGGAGCGAGUGUUUGGUCAAAUUGUCCACAUCAAGGAUGCAGGACGGGAGUUGGAAUCAGCCACUCCCCAUCUCUCAGCUGCUAAAGGACCCAGCAGGAAGUGGGCUUCUAGAAGGCGAUGGGGGUGUGUUUUCUGAAGCCUCCUCUGAUGGGGAGCUCUACUUGGACUCUGUGACUAACCUCGAUUCUGGAGAUGGGGAAUGUGCAGAUCUUACUGCCUUCUUGAGUGCAGAAGAGAUCAACUGGAGCUUGGAAAUGGCUCGGGAGGCCUUUGCUGACUCAAGUGAAUGUGAAGAUUCAAACCCUGCUGUUCCUGCGGUCAGUGAACUUACCCUCUCUACUAUUCCUAGUAUUAUUAAUAUUUCUACACCCAUCCACAAUAAUCAAAACCUGCACCACCAGACCAAAGCUCCAGCCUCAGAUGACAAUGUAGAAGUCAAAGUCUCCUCUGGCUUAAAUGUGCUUCCUGGUAAACCUGUAGAGGUGUCCACGGAUGCUCGUGUUGAGAGUGUUGUCCGUCGCAAGCCCAUCCAACCAGUGUAUAAGCAGGAUAAGCCUAAACUGCUUCAUGAAGGCUUGGAGCUGAAUGAACGAGCAUCAGCAACAGAGUUCUGUAGCCGAGCUGCAACUUUUAUUGAGGAGCUUUCCUCCAUCUUCAAAAGUUCUGCUCAUUUGGAAGCUGGGGAGGAAGAUUCCUCCUCUCCUGACAGUGGCUAUCUGUCUCCUAAGACUCAGAGGCCACUUCCUCAGGGUUCUAGCUCUGCAUCUUCUCUUUUGUCAGACCAGCAAAGGGGAACACACUACAACUCGCCACCAAUGAGUUCUGAGCUGACAGACCUGGGAGGAGUAACAGCUUCUCCAGAGUACCAGGACUCUGGAACACCGGCCACAACUGGACCGUUAUCCCGUCCUCGCUUCCAACAGAAACUGAAAAGCCAAGAGGUGGCAGAAGGAAGCCCCAUUCGUCUGGAAUGUAGAGUCAGAGGAAACCCCCAACCCCUUGUCAGGUGGUUCUGUGAGGGCCGUGAGCUGCACAACUCUCCUGAUAUUCAAAUCUGGAGGGAUGGUGACUUGCACACGCUGGUGAUUGCUGAAGCAUUUGAGGACGAUACAGGACGUUACACCUGCGUGGCCUCCAACAGUCUGGGAGCAGACAACACCUCUGCUGAGGUCUACAUCGAAGGAGCUUCAUCAUCAGACUCAGAAGGAGAAGGCACAGUGUCCAAGUCCAGAUCAGGAAUCAUGCCUCAAAUUCAAAAGAAGACAACUUCAGUGUCUCUGACUAUUCGAUCAUCUUCACCUAAAACCUCUGAGGUCCUUCCUCAUCGCUCCACUCUGGUCCAGUCCCUGUCCCAGCCCCCACAGCGGAUGCAGAGCCCGGUGUCAUCACUGUAUGGUGCUGAUGUGUCAAGUCCUCCUAUAUUUACAAAGCUGCUGCAGGAUGCCCUGGCAUCUGAGGGUCAAGUGGUGGUUCUGGAGUGCAGGAUUCGCGGAAGCCCUCCCUUACAGGUCCGAUGGUACCGCCAGGGAGAGGAGAUAUUUGACUCCCCGGAUUUUCGCAUCCUCCAAAAAAAACCUCGAUCUGCAGCAGAACCAGAGGAAAUCUGCACUCUGGUGAUAGCUGAGGCCUUUCCUGAGGAUGGCGGUCUGUUUUGUUGCACUGCGUCCAACCCUUAUGGCUCCAUUAACAGCACAGCCCAACUCACAGUCACUGCAGCUUCCGAGGAUUCAUCCAGUAACGGCUUGUCUGGCGACAGCUCAGGAUUUGAGGACUGUGCAGCCUUCCCCCCACCUCCCCCACCAACAGAGAUCAGCCUCCUGGAGCUGCCACCCAAGGUGCUGUCUCAGCCCACCACUGAGAUGUUAGUUAUCAAGGAGCUGGAAAUCUGGCCCAGCGUGCAGACCUUAUCUCCAGUACAGACAGGCUCGGCGAAAGAGGAAAAGCUUCCUACACAAAAUGGCCAACCCGAGAAUCCACCAUCACCUCCAAGCCCACCUACAGAUCCAAUGUUCCCACCUCCACCACCACAGUCUCAUCCUGUAGCAGAAGCACCAGGGCAAAUUCAAACCCAAGCAUCUCCAUACUCACCUCCAACACCAUGUAAGCUGUCUCCAUCUCCUGUGAAGGAUGGGCCCCCUUUGCCUACCAAACCAAAGCCAAAACUGAACGCGUCCCAGCUGAAGCAGCUGCAGGAGCAGAUUUUACUGGAACAGCAGGAAGCAGCCAAUUGGCAGCAGCACAGCCAGGAAGUCCCACCUCCGCCCGAGCAGCCGCCGCAGGAAGUGCCUCCGCCGCCUCCCCCGUCUCCACCUCUCCCACCUCCUCCCUCCUUCCAGGAGUUGGAGAGCAGCACAGCCAUGCAGGCCAGCACCUUCAACUAUGCACGGCCGAAGCAGUUCAUUGCUGCUCAGAGCCCCGGUGGAACAAGCUACGUCGCCCAGUCCUCCACCUCCUCAGGGUCCAGCCUGUCAUCUCCGCUCUCUCCUCCCUCCUCCCACAAGCCCUUCAGCAGGGUCACUGUGCCCCCUUUCACCAAGGCCGGCAGCGUGGAGUCUCCCAGCUCACCCUCCUUCCCGCCUCCACCACCACCCUUCCUCACCUCCUGUGACCUGUCCUCUCCAUCUGGCUCUGCUCAAGACUUCCCUCCUCCCCCACCUCCUCCUCCUCCACCUCCACCUAUGCCCGUGUCUCCAGCCCUCUCCGACAUGUCCUCUCCCUUCUCCUCUGUCCCUCCAUCUCCAGCCUCCAGCUUCCUGUCCUCUGUGUUGCCGUCUACACCCUCCACACCCAGCAGUCCGACAGUCAAUGCCAUGGGCCUCCCAAAGGGAAAUGGGACUGUCAAGGCCUUUCCGAAGAAGUCCUCUGUGACCAGGACGCCACGGCUCGUCUCCGACUCAGACAUCCAGGGGUCCAAGGACGCAGUCAUCCAGGACCUGGAGAGAAAACUGCGCUUUAAAGAGGAGCGCUUAAGUAAUGGUCAACAGAGGUUAACCUAUGAGGAGAAGAUGGCUCGCAGGCUGCUGGGAGCUGACAACGCUGCCACAGUCUUAAACACACAGGACACAGAGGAGGAGCCCGUCACACAGGAGGAAAUGUCGUCUGACAGAGAGUCAAACCCUCAAAAGGAGUACAAAGUGUCCAGCUUCGAGCAGCGCCUCAUCAGUGAGAUCGAGUUCCGUUUGGAGCGUUCUCCAGUGGAGGAGUCAGACGACGAUGUGCAGCAUAAUGAAAACUCUGCUGGCCGGCGGGUGGCGCCUUCCUUUAACCAGAAGCUCAAACAUUAUAAAGUGUUUGAGGGCAUGCCCGUCACGUUUUCCUGCAAGGUCAACGGAGAGCCCAAGCCAAAGGUCUACUGGUUUAAAGAUGGCAAGCAGAUUUCCAAGAGGAGCGAACACUACAUGAUCAGUCGUGACCCUGAUGGAACCUGCUCUCUGCACACUGCUGCCGCCUCACUGGACGAUGAUGGCAACUACACCAUCAUGGCCGGCAACCCAGAGGGCAGGGUAAGCUGCACUGGCAGGAUGAUGGUCCAGGCUGUGAACCAGCGAGGACGGAGCCAGCGCUCCACACCUGGUCACAUUCGCAGACCCAGGUCCAGAUCCAGAGAUAGCGGUGAUGAAAACGACAACAUCCAGGAGCGUCACUUCCGUCCACACUUCCUGCAGGCACCCGGUGAUCUCAUCGUUCAAGAGGGUCGACUGUGCAGGAUGGACUGCAAGGUGAGCGGUUUGCCCACUCCUGACCUCAUUUGGCAGUUGAAUGGCCAAACCAUCCGCCCUGACUCCGCCCACAAGAUGAUGGUGAGAGAAAACGGGGUGCACUCAUUGGUGAUCGAGCCCGUGACAAGCCGUGACGCCGGCAUCUACACCUGCAUUGCCAACAACCGGGCCGGGCAGAACUCCUUCAACCUGGAACUGAUUGUUGCUGCCAAAGAGAUGCACAAAGCCCCUUCGUUUGUGGAGAAGCUGCAGAACACCAGCGUGUCAGAGGGUCAUCCUGUGCGAAUGGAGUGUCGUGUCACCGGUGUGCCACACCCACAAAUCUUCUGGAAAAGAGAGAACGAGUCAUUCACUCACAACACAGACAGAAUCAGCAUGCACCAGGAUAACUGUGGCUACUUGUGCAUGAUCAUCCAGCCAGCCCUGAAGGAGGACGCUGGCUGGUACACCGUGUCAGCCAAGAAUGAUGCCGGGAUUGUUUCCAGCACCGCGCGCCUGGACGUGCACACUCUGUGGCAGCAGCCAAACCACCCCAAACCCAAGAAGGUGCGUCCCUCCACCAGCCGCUACGCUGCACUGACAGAGCGAGGGCUGGAUGUGAAGGCGGCUUUCUUCCCCGAGUCCAGCCCCCUGCCACCCGGUGCCCUGGUGGAAAGUGACGAGCUGUAGGGAAGACAGGAGGGCGCUGCACGGACAUCACUCCAAAACUGUCUCCUUCGCCUCAGCGCCAUCUUUUGUUGAGACAUGACAGUGCAGAGGGGGACGAUCCAUCUGUGUCCACCUUUGGGACUCCGUUAUUAAACUGCAGACACAGAAGGCUAGGGGGCGGAGCCAGCCGCUGACUCACAUGUUUCUAUAGCACCACACCAUCUGUCAUAUCACACAAAGCUUUUUGUCAACUGGACAUGGAAAUGUUGAAUGAGACUUCAGACACUCGCUCACCUUUCAUGCGUUCUUCACUGUGUUGUAAAGUGUUGCAGAGUUAAAAGCACCUCUCACGUCUGGAAACCUGAUUCUGCGUACCAUUGGCAAAUGUGAGAACAGAUGGUUUUGGACUCAAACUAAGAAAGAAAAAAAAAUCAAUCUUUUAUGAUGUCGGUCAUUUGGACUCAUGCAACACAAUACUGAGUAUUUACCAUAAUGAUUAUUUUAUUGAUCACCACACAGUCUGUGUUCUCAGGACGUAGAUUGGCAUCCUACCAGACUUUAGACAAGGCCGGGCCUUAAAUACAGCAUUUAUUGUUUUUUUUUUGUUAUUUGUUUUGUCAAAUAAAUUAGGGUUUUUUUGUUUGUUUGUUUGUUAUGGAGCUGAACAGAAAGUUGACAGAUGAGUCAGUUUACUGUGGGGUCAGUAGAAAGUCAGGAAGGUGGGAUCAAACAGAGGAAUGUACAGAUUUCCGUGGUAGGGCUGUUGUCGUCAAAAACUGCUUUGUUUCGAACAGACAAGAAUUUUUAUGUAGAAGGCUGAGUCUGAGAGAGAAUGUGGUGAGGGUCAUUUUGGUGAUUCGAUUUCUUCAGUGGUUUAUUUUAGCUGUUUUCUCAGUGGCUGCUGUGGAACUUUUCAAUUAAUUUGUCACAUCACCUUUUAUUUUUGUAUGAGAGGGGGGAAAUAAUAAAAAAAAAAUAUAGCAAACAAUGUAAAUUACAGCAGUGGUCAUUCUUUUACAGACUUUCAACAGUAAAACAAACCUUUCUUUAUUCAGAUCUAUAAAUGUAUUUACUGCCUUAAAUCACCUUUGGGCUUAAAAUGACUUGUUGCAUGUUAUACGUGACACUUGUACUGUGCCAAACAACUUUUUAGCAGGAUGCAAAACUUUUCCACUAUCCUGGGGUCACACACACUCUUAAACUGGUGAAACUUCAAAAUAAGGUAUAUUUAUAAGUGCUAUUUUGUCUCCUCUGUAAUACUUUUUAAAAUGGACAUCUUUUUGUAGUUUGCAUCAAUUGACAGUUAAUGUGUUUGCACAUUUCUGUGCCAAUGAAUGCCUGUAUAUGGACUGUUCUGAUAUUAUUUUAGGUUAAUAAAGGUAUUGAAAAUAAAA